AUCCCACAUAAUUGAACAAAAUCGUUUGCCAUAACACAUUUAACUUACCUGAUUUUCUGACAUGGAUUCUUCAUUCUUUCAUUACCCAAAUCUCCAUUUCUCACCUGAAUCAUCAUCUUCUUCUUAUGUUUCUCAAGCCCUUCCUUUCAACGAAAACGAUUCCCAAGAAAUGCUUCUUUUGGGAGUCUUAAAUCAAGCUCCAGCACCUGCAGAGAACUCCAUUGAUACCGCAUCUGUCAAUUGUACUUCUCGAGACGAACAUGAAGUGAACUCUAAAGAGGUUUCUUACAGAGGAGUUAGGAAGAGACCGUGGGGAAAAUAUGCAGCUGAGAUAAGGGAUUCAACGAGGAAUGGUGAGAGAGUUUGGCUUGGAACCUUUGAUACUGCUGAGGCUGCGGCUUUAGCCUAUGAUCAAGCUGCAUUGGCAAUCCGAGGUUCAAUGGCGAUACUUAAUUUCCCAAUGGAUAAAGUUUAUGAGUCACUUCUAGAAAUGAACUAUGGGUUUGAAGAAGGUUGUUCACCUGUUUUGACGAUGAAGAAAAGGUACUCCAUAAAGGGCAAACGAUCAGGGAAGAAGAAGAUCAUCAAGAAAGAGAAGGAAAGUAUGGAGAUGGAAAAUAUCAUUGUGUUAGAGGAUUUGGGAGCUGAUUAUUUGGAGGAACUUUUGAGUAUGUCUGAGAGUGCAACUCGUUGGUGAAUAAUUAGUGAAUUCACUUAGAGGUCAAGAUUUUGGAAUAAAUAAAAACAGUAAAUGUUAGGAUUCAAACCCCAAAAUGUUGAUAUAGUCAUUAAGAUUAAGUGUAUGAAUCAACCUUAUCAAAUUUGGGUUCUUUUUUCCUUUCAUUUGAUCAUUUUCUUUUCCGUUUCGUCUCCAUCUUUUUAUUGAUAUACUGAUAUACCGAAGAAGGAUUUUUUUUUUUUGUUGCCAAUUGUCUUUGAAUUUGUAAAUCUUUGAGAUGGUGAAGAAUCAAAGUUAAUUAUAAUCAAAUAGCUAAAUACUAGUUGGAUUUUCAA